GGCCUAGCUCGCCAGCUUCCUUCUUAACUCCGCCCUCUCCGUUUUUGGUUUUCGCCGUGAGGUCCCUCUGUCGCCACCUUCGCCUCCUUUUCCCUGCGCGUGGCUUGGUUGCUUAGCAACCGCUUGGCUUUCCUGUCAACCGCAGCCAUGUCGGAGGAAGAAGAGGCGGUGGCGGAGGCUGAGGAGAUUAUUCGGAGCCAGAGAAUCUUUCUGAACCACUUGGAUACCUACGGCGGUAGCAACAUUGGGAGGUAUCUAGCUAGCUGUAUUGUUGGAGCCUCUCUGGAAGAAAUAUCGGAAGAAGAGGAAGAAGAAGAUGAAGGCAGAUCAGUAGUUGAAGUUUCACCUCCGAAACCAAAAGAAGGAAUAUUCCAAGUAGUGGGAACUCUUUCACAGGCAAAUAGUACAAAACCAGAUUUUGCUGUGGAAGUGUAUAGAACAUCUUCUCAAGAGGAACUGUUAGAUCGCCUGUUAGAGUGUGACGUCAUUAUUUAUAACAUCACUGAAGAUGCAAAACAAAUUGAGGAAGCAACCUGGGCAGCUACUGCAUUGCAUGCAGAAUCAAAAAACUUUGAGAAACAGAAAGUGUUCAUUCUACUUUCAACAAUAAUGACCUGGGCACGGAGCAAGCCUCUUGAUCCGGAAGAUCCAGAAAUACCUUUCACUGAAGAAGACUAUCGUCGAAGGAAGCCUCAUCUUAACUUUAUGGAGCACAUUAAUGCUGAAAAAACUAUUACCAAACUUGGCAAAACACAGAUCAAAGGCAAAUUUACUACAUAUGUUGUUGCUUCAGGUGUUCAGUAUGGAGCUGAAGAAAGACUUCUACACUACUUUUUUAAGUUAUCUUGGCUUGGUGAGACUCCUGCAAUACCAAUUUUUGGAGAUGGACGGAAUUUUAUUCCAACCAUUCACAUUGUUGACUUAGCAGCAGUGUUACAGAAUAUAAUAGAUCAUAGGCCAAGAACUCAUUAUCUCAUUGCAGUGGAUGAAUCAAUACAAACACUUGGUGAAAUAGUAAAGUGCAUCAGCAGAAAUGUUGGGCCAGGAAAAACACAGAAGGUUCCAAGAGAAAAUGCUUUCCUAAACAAAGAUUUAACGCAAGCCCAAUUGGAUGAAUUACUUGUGAACCUGCGAAUGGAAGCUGUAUUUUUGAAGGAGAAUUUCAACAUUAAGUGGGUUUCUCAAGGAGGAAUAGUGGAAAAUAUUGAUCAGGUUGUCAAUGAGUACAAGCAAAGUCGAGGAUUAUUGCCAGUCAAAAUUUGUGUUCUUGGUCCUCCUGGAGUAGGGAAAACUUCCAUUACAGAAGAACUGUGUAAACGUUACAAAGUGCAUCACAUUAAAAUUAAGGAUGUGAUCACUAAAGCCAUAGAAAAUUUGGAGCAAAUUGUUGCUCCUAAAGAAAUGGUGGAGAUUGAAGUGGAAGAGGAAGAAGAAGAAGAGGAAGAGGAAGAAGAAGAAGCAGACAAUGUAGAAGAAGCACAGGAGCUAUUAGAUUCAAUUAAAGAAAACAUGGAGCAAAAUGCAGGUCAUCUGGAUGAUAACUAUGUCGUUAGGUUCAUGAGAGAAAUGCUAAUAUCUAUGCCUUGUAAGAACCAAGGAUAUGUUUUGGAUGGGUAUCCAAAGACUUACGAUCUGGCAAAGGAUCUUUUUAAUCUUGAAGAGGAGGAGGAAGAGGAUGAUGUAAGAAGCAAAAUGCAUCAUUAUGACAAACUAAUAAUUCCAGACUAUAUAAUUUCCUUGAAUGCUUCAGAUGAAUUUCUGAAAAAUCGAAUCAUGAACCUCCCUGAAGCUGUUGUUGCUGGAACUCAUUAUACUCAGGACCGGUACUUGAGAUCCCUGAAUCUUUUCAGGGAGUUAAACACUGAUGAUGAAACUGUUCUCAACUAUUUUGAUGAACUAGAAAUACAUCCACAGUGUAUUGAUGUAUCAAAGUUUGAGGGUCUGGAGAACAGAGUUAUAGCAAGAGAAAUAAUCAAAAACAUUGGUGAGCCUCGAAAUUAUGGUUUGACAGAGGAAGAGAUGGAAGAACUUGAACGGAAACAAGCUGAAGAACGCCUUAAAAGAGAAGCUAAAGAAAAGGCUGAUUUAGAACAAAGAGAAACUGAGGAAAGGGCUCAAAAAUUGGCAAAUUGGGAAGAAUGGAAUAAACGUUUGGAAGAAGUGAAGCGGCAAGAACAAGAGCUUCUGGAAGCUCAGUCCAUUCCAUUGAGAAACUACUUAAUGAAGCAUGUCAUGCCAACUCUAAUGCAGGGCUUGAAUCAAUGCUGCAUGGUUAGGCCUGAUGACCCUGUUGACUUUCUGGCAGAAUAUCUCUUCAAGCAUAAUCCUGAAUUUGACUAAGAAGUAUAAAACCUGUCAUAGUUAUACCAUAUUAUAUUUCCUUUUAAAAUCAUUGUAAAAUAAUGUUUUGAUGCUGAAAUAAAAUGUUCAAGA